UAUAUUGAGUUUUAUCAUAGACUUGGUUUGCCACAUAAAGAAAUUGCCAUUUUAUUGAAAACAAAACAUAAUCAACAUUACAGUGUUGAGUAUCUAAAGAGGAAAGUUAUUCCCAAGUUACACUUAAACAACAGGAGAGGAUCUGCGCAACUUACAAAUUUUGAUGAUAUUUUACAAGCUAUACUGCUUGAAAUGUCUCUAAAGCCAGAUAGAAGUGUAUCCGAUGUGUUCUUUAGAUUGAGAUUUAUUUAUGGAUACAUUGUUCGAAGAAAACUGGUACGAGAAAUAAUGACCACUUUAGACCCUAAAGGAAUGUCCAGAAGGAAAGGCAAUAAACUUAAAAGAAGGCAGUACCUCAGUAAAGGUCCAAAUUGGAUAUGGCAUAUAGACCAGUAUGAUAAGUUGAGUCCAUACGGAAUACACAUCAGUGGCUGUAUUGAUGGGUUUUCUCGCUACGUGCUUUGGUGCGAAGCAGGAAUCAGUAAUAAAAACCCAAAGAAAAUUGCAGCAUAUUUUAUAAACACAUUAGAACAAGUUAAUGGAUAUCCACAUAUUGUAAGGGGUGAUGCAGGAACAGAGAAUGGGACUGUAGCAGCCAUCCAGAACUUCUUCUCUUAA